UCUAUAGUAAGUGCACCAAGUAACUAACCCGGGAGUGUUUAUGAUUCUGUUAUUUGGAAAAUUUUCUUGGUGGACCUGGCAUUCUGGAAAAAUCUCUAAAACCGUCUUUUGAAAUUAGCGUUAUAUGAAGCUUAUAAUGUUUUCAUGAGUUUGUUAACGCUUUUUUAUUGGAAACAACGGUAUAACGGAUUCUGAUUUCAAAUUUUCCACUCUGUCAUUCUGAAAACCGUGUAAAUUACAAAAUGAAUGAAGAACCGCCGUAUGUAGUACUUGAAACAACGAUGGGAACAAUAGAGUUUGAACUUUAUUGGAAACAUGCUCCUAAAACCUGUAGAAAUUUUGCUGAACUUGCAAAACUGGGAUAUUAUAAUAAUGUUAUUUUUCAUCGGAUAGUAUCAGAUUUCAUGAUUCAAGGUGGUGACCCUACAGGAACAGGUAGAGGUGGAAGUUCUAUAUAUGGAAAAAAUUUUGAAGAUGAAAUACAUAGUGAUUUAAAGCAUUCAGGUGCUGGUAUUCUUUCUAUGGCUAAUUCCGGUCCUGAUACCAAUGGCAGCCAAUUUUUCAUAACCUUAGCACCGUGUCAAUGGCUUGAUGGCAAACAUUCUAUAUUUGGCAGAGUGAACAGUGGCAUGCAUGUAGUCCAAAGGAUUUCAAAAGUUCCUACUGACAGCAAUGAUCGUCCUUUGGAAGAUGUUAAAAUUUUGAAAUCAUAUGUAAAAAAUUCAUAUUAAAGAUCUUGCUAUCUUAA